GCCUCUUCCCCUUCCAAUUUUUGGAAACAGACUUCAGUAUCAUGGGCAUCCGGCAACAUGGGCACAAAAGCUUCAAGAAAGAUAUGGAGAUAUCGAUUUAGUUUCUAAAAUUUUUAGUCCUUCAACCAAUAAUAAUUUCUUGGUGCGCAUCACAGCUCGUGAAGGUCUUGAUGAGAUUGGUGUUACAACUAGAGGUCUUACGUUUAAUCGUAGUGUAGAUUCUUGGAUGUAUAAUCGAAAAUUUUUUAAUCAAGCCAUCAGCGCACCAAAGUUUUUGAAGCAAUCUGUAGAGAAAACUCGAGAAUUAUUUGCUGAAAUGGAAGGCUACUGGUCCGAUCUCGGACAUGAUAUGACUCUGGAUUUUUCUGAAUGGAUGAACCAGUUUAUAAUGGAUAUUUCUUUUGUUAUGAUUACGAAUAAACGAGCAUAUUCUUUUGUUAAUUAUUAUAAUAGAAUUUCCAAAGGAAAUAGUGUUAAAUAUCCUGAUAGUGUUUUGAUUGAAUCAGAAAAUUUUAUUAAAAAUAUUCAUUCUUGGCUAUCAGCCUUGGUAUUCUUUAUGGAUACCCCAAAAUUUUUACGUAAUCAUGUAACAAGCGUGAAAAAACAAGACAACUGGCUAAAGGCUGAAGUUAAUAGGCUAAAUCAAAGUUUUCUUGAUAUUAUCAGGGAUCGCAGACAGGAAAUAAGUAGGAUCCCAACGGAUGUGCCAUUAAAACCAGAUUUUUUGACAAUGUUAUUAACUAUAAACACUCCUCGAGAUAUUACUACAAAUAUUGCAGAUGAUCGCCAUACAAGUCCCAUGACCGACGAAGAUGUUUGUGGAAAUUUAAUAGAAGCAAUCGUGGCUGGUGUUGACACA